AUGAAACAUCAAUGUUUAUUUUGUGAUUAUAUUAGUUCAGAUUCAAUGAAACUAUCAGAACAUUAUGUACAACAUGGAAUAAGACAAUUACAAUUAUCAUCAAAUAAUUAUAAUCUACAAAAAUUUAAAAAAUUACAUAAACUCUCUGAUAAUAUUAACAAUUAUCAUUAUCUAUCAACAAAUUCAUUGCCAACUAUGAAUGAAUUAAAUAAAUUUGUAACAAAUGAACAUGAUGAAAAUCAUUCACCAAAUACUUUACUACCACCACCUGUUAUUACAACACCAAAUGCAUUGAAUAGAAAAUCAAUACCGUUUGAAAUUAACUAUCCAUCAUCCACAGAACAUGAUGAUAAUGAGAAUUUUGAAGAUGAAGUAAAUGAUGACAAAGAAAUAGAAGAAAAGAAGGAUAUAUGCUUAGAAUCUCCGUAUUAUUCAUCAUUAUGUUGUACAUCUAGUCCUUCUACAUCAUUUGAAACAAAUUGUUGUACUUCAGUGAAAAUGACAAGUACAACAAUGACUACAUCUACUACUAGUAUUUGUAAACAUGAACAUGAUAAGAAACCUUAUCGAAUGUUACGUCGAAAUCGUAAACGUCAUUCCAGUUGUGAAUUAUCUCUAUUAACUGCACAGCAUAAACGUUAUCAUUAUGAUGAAGAUUCAAGUGAUAAAUGGAGUUGUUCUUAUCCAGUUAUCGAUCCAAACUGUUCACCAUGUUAUAAUAAUAAUAAUAAUGAUAAUAAUAAUAACACUAAUACUAAUGAUAAUAAUAGUAGUAAACACAUGAUGAAUAGUCAACAAGUUAUGGCAUCUUCUUCUUCAUCAUCAUCACUGCAUUCUUCUUGUAUCCCUAUGGUGAAUAGUAAUACUACUCCUGUCAAUGCUAUGAAUAACACUAAAUCAACAAUAUUAUCAAAUUUUUAUCGUGACUGUCAACAUCAGCAAUCGCAUAAGUCGACUAAUUCUGAAAUUGGUAAUGAUUCUGGUUUAUCAUCAUCAUCAUCAUCAUCAGGUACAACGACGACGACGACAAUGAAUGAUCAUUCACAAAUCUAUUCACCAUUAUCCAAUACACCGUUACCAAUGAAUUUCCCACCUUAUCCAGCUUAUAUGAAUCCAGUAUUUUUAUCAGCUUUAAUGGCUAGUGGUUGUUGGCCAUUUAAUUCAUUCCCUUGUGGUGGAAGUAGCAGUAAUAAUAAUAAUAUUAAUAAUAAUAUCACUUCGAAUCCAUUGGAUCCAUGGCAUCCAUCUAGCAUUAGUUUAGAUUCAUUACAACAAGCUACUUCUUUAUUUGGUAAUAAUCAACGAUUAUUAUCAAAUUCAAAUAAUUUCCCACCAGUUCUAUCGCCACCAUGUGAUGUAUUGAAUAAAAGUCCAAGACAUUUUAUAUCGGAUGAAUCAAUGUCUAAUUUACAAGAUUUUAAUCAAAUCAAUUGUCAAUUGAACAAACUGCCGGGAUUUACAUCAUUAGCUAAUACUUCAUGUGUAAAUAAUAGUAAUAAUAAUAGUAAUAGUAAUAAUCCUAGUAAUAAUUCCACAACUUCAAAGAAUUUAUUCAAUUAUCCACCAUUUAUUCAACCAUCAAAUUUUCUGAAUGGGCCAUCAACAAAUCCACUUCUAUUACAAUUAACUAAUUGUCCAUCAUUGACCGAUACUACUAAUAAUAAUAAUAAUCAAAAUAUCUUAGCUACAGCAUUAUCGGCUUGGUAUACCCAACAAGCAGAAACUAUUGGUUUAUUUCCAUAUCAUAAUUUACCAGGAAAAAAUGCAUCAAUUCCAUCAUUGUUUACUUCUAAUACUCAUAGUACUACUAAUAUGACUACUGAUAAUCAUGAGAACAAAUGUGCUGGCAGUGAUAACGAGUGUAUUGCAAACAAUCAUCAUACCAAUAAUGAUAAUAGUAAUGUUAGUAUAAUUACAAAUUUAUUAAAUAAUGAAACAAAUGAAUGUGAAGAGACAAAUGAUGAUAAAUUAAACAUUACUUCGUCGAAUUCAACUAUUCCAUAUAAUACAACUGUAACAGAUCCAGUCAUCUCAUCGGCAUCAUUGUCAUCCUCGUCGUCAUGUGCUUCUUCGAUUUCAUUAGAUGAAAAUCAAUUUAAUUCAUCGAUAUUUAUGAAAACUUCACCUAAAUUGAAUAAUACCAAUGAUACUAUUGGAUUAUGUUCAUUGUCAUCGCAUCAUCCUCUUUCUGCUUCUCUACCAUCGUCAACAACAAUGUGUUCUUCCACAUCUUCACCGUCAUCUUCUGCAUCAAUAACAAUGACCAAUUCCACGAUGAACAAACCAUCAGGUAUUCAGUCAACAUUUAAUUCUCUAAUAGGUACUGAUUGUUUAAAUUCAAGUCAAUCUCAACCAAUCACUAAUUACCCAGCCACAGUAUCAACUGGAUCCACAUCUUCACUAGCAGCUAUGAUGGCAGCAGCAGCAGCCGCUGCUGCAAUGGCUGGUAUGUGUCGUCCUAAUUCAGAUCUAUCCAGAUGUAUACCACCUUUGUCAACAUUUACACAACCUUUAUCAUCAUCAUCAUCAUCGACAGCAGCGUCAUUAACUGGAUCAAUGUCACCUUCGGCAGCUGUAGCUGCAGCUGCUGCUGCUGCCGCAGCAUCCACAUCCAUAUUCCCGACAACAAUGAAUCAAACAUUUAAAAAUUUAGAUUUAAUGAAUUUAUCAUCGAAAGAAUUCACUGAUGAAUUAUUCAGUCAUCAUGAUAUGAUGUUGAUGAAUGGACAACAGCAACAACAACAACAACAUUUGUAUAAGAAUUCAACACAAUCGAAGUAUUUAAGACAACCACAACAUCCGAAUCAAUAUACACAUACUACUAACAGUAGUAGUAGUAACAGUAAUAAUAUUAAUAUGAUAGAUGGUGUGAAUGAUGGAUCAAUCACUGAAAUGGAAGACAAUGCUGAUGAUGGUGAUGAUGAUGUAAUUGAAGACAAUGAAUUACCAGUUGAUAAUGAAGAUGAAGAGGAAUUUAAUGGAGAAAUAUUAUUACAUGAACAAACAAUUCAAAAUACGCAUGAUAAUAAUCCUAUGAAAGAGUGCAAUGGAUCAAUAGAUGAACAUUUGGAAAAUGAUUUAUCAAGUGGAAUCGAUAACAAUAAUAAUAAUAAUACUAAUAAUAAUAGUAACAAUAGAUCGGUUGUUAAAUGUUCAACUAGAUUUCAUCAUGAAAUAGGCAAUUCAAGAAGUUCAAAAAAUCUAUUAGAAUCAAUAAAACAUAGUCAAUCCCCAAACAAAGAAAUGAACACUACUCAUCUGCAUAAAAAUAAUGAAAUUAAAUGUUUAACUAAAUCAUAUAAUCAUAAUUUCAUUGGAAAUAUGAUCAAUGCCAAUAAUAAUAAUAAUAAUACUGAUCAUGCUCAUAGUGUUAAAACAGGAAUUGGAAAUCUUAGUGGUAGUGGUGGGCGAACUAAUCGAUCCAAUCUAUCACCUAAUCCUACCAUGAAUCAUGAUCAAAAACGAAAUCAUCAUCAUCAUCAUCAUCACCGAAAUCUCACUGAAUCACUGAUAAACAAUAAUAAUAAUUUAGGCGACUCAAAUUCAACAGAAUCAGACGCGAAUUCAUCAAUAAAUUUAUCAGCCAAUAAUAAUGCAACUACAUUGAUGACUUCGUCAUCGACACCACCACCACCACAACCGACAACAACUGGACCUUCAUCAUCAUCAUCCUCAUCAUCGCCUAACGAUAGCGGUGUUGGAUCAGGUGCGUUAUUCAGUAUUCGACGGGCUGUUGGGUUAUCUAGAACAAAUUUACCAUUUCCAGCACGUAAACGUUUAUUCGGUUGGUUAGUUGAUCAUUUAAGAGAACCAUAUCCUUCAGAAGAAGAGAAAAUGAUGCUUGCUAUGGAAACUGGCUUAUCUCGUACAACAGUGAAUAAUUGGUUUAUUAAUGCUAGACGACGUUAUGUGAAACCAUUAAUGCAAGGAAGACUUGUUCUUCAAUCAGGAGUGUUUAAAACUGUUUCCAGUGAAAAUUGUAAUGCUACAACAUCAAGUGGAGGAGGAGGUGCAUCAUCAUCGUCAGCUUCUUCACCUCCAUCGCCUACAUCAAAUACUGGUGGUAGUAAUAAUAAUAAUAGUAAUAAUAAUAAUAAUAAUAAUAAUUUUGGAUCAAAUCAAUAUGUGCCAACAACUAAAUCUAAUUAUAAUCAAAGUUCAUUAAAUGAAAAAACUCAUCGAGAAAGAUCGAAUUCACGAAGAACUACUAAUACAUUAACUGCCAAUACUAAUAUUAGUAAUAUGAAUAACAGUAAUAAUAAUACUAAUAAUAGCAAUCACAACAAUAACAUGAAUAAUUCCUCUAAUCUGUUACAAAUGUCAUAUUCAUCGAAUGAUACCACAGCAAAUACAUCUUGUCAUUAUAAUAAUUCCUUGAUUACAAAUCCAUUUUCAAUUCAACAAAAUAAUUUAUCCAUGAAUAAAUCAUCGAAUACAUCUGAUUCAGCUGCAGCUAUUUCAGCAAUGGCUGUAGCUGCAGCUGCAGCUGUAUACGCUGGUGUAAAUAUGAACACAAAUAGAGGAGGUGUAGGCAAUAGUGGUAGACUUGGAUGUCCAUCCACAUUAGCCGCCACAAUACCGGUAUCACCAACUUCUGUAUUAUCACCGAAUUCAUCGUUAUUAUUCUCGACACAAUUUAAUAAUCUACUUAAUAAUGCAGCAGCUGCAGUUUCAGCAUCUGCUUCAACUACAAAUAUCAGUCGAUCACCACGUACAGGAUCGUCUAUGCAUCAUCUUCAACAGCAUCAGCAGCAGCAGCACAAUCAUCAGCAUGCUCAUCAUCAUCAGCAACAACACCACCAACAACAAUCCCAUUCAGAUAUUUUAUUGUCUAAUGAACAAUUAAUCGAUGGUAUAUCAAAUUUAUCUAAAAGCUUAUUAUGUUCUUCAUCUACUACUACUACUGCUACUACUACUGAACAAGAACAUAUGAUUAAUGGUACAACUGGUGAUUGA